AUGGUGGCCGGAACGACGGGGCCCUCUCGGUCCCGGAAGGAGCCGCAGCUGCUGGUCAUCCUGCGCAACGCUGUGGAAGAGCAGCACCUCAAGCUAGAGAGGCUCAUGAGGAACCCGGAUAAGAAGGUUCCAAUUCCUGAAAAGCUCAAUGAAUGGGUGCCCUGUCCACCUCCAGAAUUUGUCAGAGAUCUAAUGGGUUCCAGCGCUGGUGCCGGUAGUGGAGAAUUCCACAUCUACCGGCAUCUUCGGCGGCGGGAGUACCAACAGCAAGAUUUUAUGGAUGCCAUGGCUGAGAAGCAAAAGCUGGAUGAGGAGUACCAGAAGAAGCUGGAGAAGAACAAGCUGGCUGCUGAGGAACAGACGGCGAAGCGCAGGAGAAAGCGCCAUUUUUAA